UUGAAUUUAAGUUACAUAUACAGUAAGUAGAUUUAAUUUUUGAAGGAAAGUUGAAUCAAAUGUAGCAAAUUAAGAUAUAACAAUCUUGUUACAAGUUUUAAGGUAACUUUUUAAAUACAGAUUUUAUAGAUUGUAAACCAUACCCGAUGAGCUUAAAAAUCCUGAAACAGAGCAUACAGCAUAAUCUUAAGAGAUUUUUCUAGAGUAGAGUAUAGAUAAAUUUUAGGGAGAAAAGAUUUUUAAGUGUGGGAAGUUGAGGAAGUGUAGAGAAGAAUAAGUUUAAAGAUAAGAGAUGUUGUGAUCACUUGUUUAUGCGAUGGCAGUUGUUAACACAUGAAAAUAUUUGAUACUACAGAAGUCAUGUUGUUUGUAGCAAUAAAAUCUAAGUCUGUGGAAGAAGAGAGUAACGAUUUAAAGACAAAACUCUGCUGGAGGAAAUUUCUAUAAGCUGCAAGAGGAAGUUGAGAGAGAGUAUAGGUGACCCAAAUGGGCUCCAGCAUAGAGAAUCAGCAGGGACGGGGAAGCUGCUCUUAAGAGCUGUUAAGGAAGAAUAGGCAGUUCUAAGGAGGAAGAGGGAACUUCAGGUGGAAUCUGAGACCAGAAGCUAUGAGAUUGCAGGCAGGAUCUGGGAAACAAAAGAAAAUGUCACACAGGCCUGGACAGGCUUAAAGAAGCUCCAGAAUUGCAGGCAGUUCCUAGUGGAGGAGAGGAAAAUGGUUGCAGUAUAUUGUACCAGGGAGCUAAAAAGAUAUAGAGAAGUGACCUGAGCAAAGAAGGAAUCAUAAGUGAUAGGCAGGAUCACAGGUAAAAAGACAGCAUAGUAAAAUAGCAGGCAGGACCGCAGUUCCCAGGGAGAAGAGUCUCCGUAAGGCACAAAGAGAAGUAGAGUAGGUAGCUUCAAGUGGGUGAAAGCAAGGAAAAGGAUCCUAGGGUAUUGCAGGAAGGAUUGCAGCUCCUCAUGGGAAGUGAUAGAAAGCUAGAGAGACAAGAGAGGCAAGAGAAAAGUCCAUGUGAGUGUAUCAGGCUAGAGGUAUAGCAGGCUACAGGAGCCAUAGAAACAUGUACAGACUGUAGAAGUAUUGACAUGGAGGACAUAUCAGGCUAGAGGAGAUAGAGGGAAGGAGCAACUGAAGAAUCGGACUCUAGAAUUUUGAAUUAGAUGGUGUAAGAGGCAGAAACAAGCAGAAAUGAAUGCUCUAUGUACCUUAGCAGAGUCAGGUCAGCAGUUUGCUUCAGAGUGACUGGGUUCUUGUAGAUAAAAGGGAGAGAGCACAAUCAGAGUCAGGACUAUCUAGAAGAGUACACAGUAAACAUAAACCAGACCUGAGCCAUGUGGGGAGAUAGAUAGGGGUGAGCAACAAAGAAGGGUGACCUGGGCCAAGAUGAGAGCCAGAGAGGAGGGAGAAGGAACUGAAGGGAAGGUGGCUAAUGAAGAGAGAGAACAAGAGUAGGUAGCGUCAAAGAUGAAAAGUUUGGCUUUGAUUAGGCAGUAGAGGUAAGUUCCAGAGGUAGGCUCCAGCUGCAGACUGCUGAAGUCACCUGGGCAGACACUGAAGGCUCCUAGAAUUGCAGGGUCAAUGCAGCAGUCAGCAGUGGCCUGGACUGUAACAAGGUCUUGACAGCCAAUAAGACAUGAGGCAAGUAGAUACUCCAGUAGAAGGGCAGCAGGCUGCCAAAACUGAGGUGAAGCAGAACAAAAUGCCUCACAGCAAACACCAUGAAUAUACAGCAAACAAGCCGGACAUUUCUUACACAGAGAUAAAGACAACUAAAUCUACACAGAAGCAAAGAAAACCUAAAGCCAAGCAGAGCUCUGUAAUGCUAAGUGAAGAGCAACUAAACUAUGCAGAAAUGACAUUCCACAGAACGCCUCAGCUCCUCUCCCCUAAACGGGUGGUCAGAAAAAAAAGACAAGGUCCGAAAACAACUGUAUGGAAAAUAGUAACUGGCAUCCUUGGAGUCUUGUGUGUGGUGCUUAUGACAACCGUGGGGAUAUUACUUCCAAAAUUAUUUUCUAGCCAAGAACAAAGCAGAGAAAACUUGCUUCUUGAUCCUCUGCUUCCUAAGGAGGAAGAUGGCGCCUGUUACCUUUGUUCACUGGACUGGAUUGCUUUUGGAAACAAUUUUUAUCAUAGUUUUCGUGAAAUAAAAAGCUGGGCUGACAGUCAAUCUUCCUGCGAGGAAUGGAACUCUCAUCUUGUGGAGAUAGACUCCAAAGCAGAGCUGGAAAACUUGCUUUUGUUUGAAAUUCAAGGGUGGAUUAUACUCAACAUAGAUGAAAAAGAUGAGUCCUGGUUGUGCGAAAAUGGCACCAAAAUACAGCAAACGAUAAUUAAUGAUUCAGAAAAAAAGAAUCAUAGUUGUUAUUAUCUGAAUGGAAAACAAUUUUAUCUUGGAGACUGUUCAUCUAAGAAAGCAUAUACCUGUUUCAAAGGACAGCCAGAGAGGGUAACACAGGAUCAACAUUGACAUUCCAUAACUGAGUGAAGAAUGGAGAUGUAAGAGCAAAGAAGGUGAACACACCCUGAAGAUUCCAAGAAUUUAGAGAUGACAAGAAUGUGGAACAUUUGCUAAGGAAAUUUUUUUUUCAGAUCAAUAAAAACCAUCUCACAGGUAGGGCCAUCGAUGGAUGGGG